AUGUAUACUUAUUCUAGAGAAUGUGAUAAAUUUGAAUUAGGUUCUGAAGAAGAUCAAAUAACCGUAAAAAAAGAAAUUAUUGAAAACGAAUAUGAUGAAAAUGAACUAAAUAAAACUAAAGUUGAAACUAAGAUUGCAUAUUCUGAAAAGCUGCAGUAUUUACCAAGUUCAAUUUUGGAUAAUAUUUAUGCAGGAAAAACAAAAUUUCACUACGACCUGAUUUUGUUUGAAGACAGUAAAUUUGUGAAUGAGUCCUUGGUUGAAGAGUUCAGCAGCUUUUCCUGUUUAAAAAUAGACAUUAUUGGAUUUGCUUACAAUUUGGAAGAUUUCUGUAAGCUUGUAAAAUCUAUACAUGAUGCAGUGCUUUUAGUUGCAUCAUACUCUAUGCUAAACUCACCAGACUUGCUUUUAGCUCUAAAAGAUUUGCUGGAUUUUAAUGAAAUUAAAAGGAAAUGUAUAUUGUUAGUAACGUAUGACAAUGAGUUUGACACAGAUGUGGCAGAUACAGAUAUUGAAAUUUUAUGUAAGUUACAAGGAGAAGAUUUUAAAUACUUGUGGACACAAUGUGAACACAGAGCUGUUCUGUUUGAUACAACGACAACAGAUGUUCUCACGAAAACGGAGCAAAUGUUGAAUCUAUUGAAACAUGUCGUAGAAGUCACACAUAAUAAAAAAUUUGAAGAAAUUCCCCAUCCUUAUAAACUAUACAAAGAUGAUUUCAACACUACAUCGGAAGAAAUGGAAGUGUCGGAAAGUGGUGAUAGCAAACAUACGUAUGUAUGCAACAAAAUUACAUCACACAGAAGCAAGCCAUAAAAAACAAAGGAGAAAACAUCGCCUCAGGAAAUUAUCAAAGAUGAAAACUUCCAUCGAUAGAGAUAAAAGGAGAAAGGAAAAGCAUGAAAUAGAUAUGGAAAUUAAGAGAAAGAAAAAUAAAUUUUGGGAAAUUAAGAUAGCUAAACUUCAAAAACGUCGAAAAGUUAAGAAGGAAGAAUUUAAUGAAGAUGAAAUAGUAGACGUAUCUACCUUAAUUCAACAUGGUAACAUGACCUGAAAAUAGUUACAGAGUAAAAAGUUGACUUUGCCUUAACAAAUACACAUUGCGAAAGUUACUACAUGUUGCAAAAAUGUUUUGCCUUUAAUCCUUACUCUUUUUAUUGCUUUUGUAAUCACCAAAAAUAAA